UUUACGAGGCUCGAGGAGUGUGUGAUAAUGUUUUUAUUUCUGUACAUUUUAAUUAUUGUUAACUUUUGUGAAGGAUCAAAUUUCACAACAUCUCGUGUUGUUCUCAUUAGUCAGGGAUAUGUUAGAGGAUAUAAGCUGCCUGAUUGGGAUAUAUUUGUGUAUUACGGGAUACCCUAUGCUACUUCACCUACGGGACGGGAUCGUUACAAGCCACCUCUUCCUCCGCCGGUUUGGAAUAAUACUUUAGACGCAGUAUACAAAAAUAUUGCAUGCCCUCAGUACUACAACAAAAGUACCAAUUACUAUAUUAAGGGAAAUUGUCUCACAGUCAACGUGUAUGUCCCAGACACAAAUGCGACUAACUUAUCUGUAUUGAUGUAUAUAUACAGAGGCUCAUUUCAAACUGGAUACGCAGGGGAAGUACUGUUCAAGAAUUUAGUUCAAACUAAACGACUUAUUGUUGUCACUUUUAACUAUCGCCUCGGUGCUGAAGGCUUUUUAUGUUUAGGCACAAAAAACAUUCCAGGUAAUGCUGGCAUGAAGGAUCAAGUAUCUGCACUGAAAUGGAUAAGAAAAAAUAUUGCCUAUUUUGGUGGUAAUCCUGACGAUAUUACUAUAGAUGGAAGUAGUGCAGGAGCGAAGUCUACUGAUCUUUUUGUUCUGUCUAAAAUGACAAAAGGGCUUUUCGCUAAAAUGAUCACUGAAAGCGGUGGAAGCCUGCAAGCCAAUAGCAUCCAAGUAGAUCCAAUAAAUAAUGCACUACAAUAUGCAAGCUUAGUAGACUUUCAAGCUGAUACAAUAGAACAAUUGGAAGAGUUUUAUUUGUCUGCUUCUUUCGACACUUUAUUUGCUUUUGAUCUUGGAGACAGACAUAAUUAUUUAUUUAAGCCUUGUGUUGAACGAGACAUUGGCCAAGAAAGAUUUCUGGAUGAUAGUCCAUACAAUAUAAUAAAAAACGGCAACUAUCAUAAAUUGCCAAUGCUAUAUGGUUUCACUGCACAAGAAGGUAUAUUAAGAAUGGAGACAUUUGAUGAAUGGAGUGUUCAAAUGAAUGCAAAUUUUGCUUCAGUGCUACCUAUAGAUUUAAAUUUCCCAAGCAUACGAGAAAAAGAAAAAGUAGCACACCUUGCAAAGCAACACUAUUUUGGAGAUGAAGACGUAGACACACAUUCAUACACAUACAUUUUGUCCUACGUAACCUAUUUUACUGACGUUCUUGUAUAUCCAUUUAUAAGAGCGGCUAGAUUGUAUGAUGAAACUGGUAAUGAUAAGCUAUAUUUAUAUCAAUAUGCAUUUGUUGAUGAAGAAUCAAGUCAAAUUAAGUAUACUAAUUUACGUGGAGCAACACACUGUUCACAAGCUGAUGCCGUUCAGGAUAGUUAUAACGAAUGUUGCAUUUCAAAUAGAUAUAAAAAAAUAAAAUCUAUCAUGCGAGAACUGUGGCUUAAUUUUAUAACUUCAGGAGAGCCGGUACCAAAGAACUCUUCGUUAGUGCCAUGGCAACCAUUUACAUCAGAUUGGUCUUAUAUGUUCCUCGAUGACAAUUUUCAUAUGACAAGUAUCUAUGAGAAUAGUGCACUGUUUUGGGACCCUAUAUAUGAAAGAUACUACGACAAUCCAAUACCACCUUAUGAUUUUUAGAUAAAACUUACCUCAUAACCUCUUCAAGUAAUUGAGUUUGAAAAUAAAAGAGUGCACGAA